UAGCCUCCUCAUUUAUUUUUCAUACACGCGCUAGUGCCCAGCUGACACACAGCAAAGACAUCUCCUAAACACCAUGAAGACCAUCCUCCUCCUCGUCCUCCUCCUCCUCGCAUCUCCUUCCAUGAUCGCCGGCGGUGGCAAGCCUAGAUGCCCGGGCGUCCAAUCCCUGACGCCGGCAGCAGCCUGCAAGGCGGCAACCGGCACGGCGCUCAUGUUCUUCCUCUGCAUGGACACGCUGCGUGAGUUCACCGCCGCCGGCGCCGAGGAGGCCACCCUCUACGCGCUCCUCGCCGCGCAACACGCUUUAAAAACCAUGGAGUCCACGGAGGCCCGCACGCGCGGGCUGAUCGGCGGAGGAGCGCUGUCGGGGGACCAGAAGCUGGCCUACGCGAGCUGCCUAGGGGACUACGCCGACGCGGAGCGGUCCAUGGGCCGCGCGGCCCGCGAGUUGCUGCCGCGCUGCGAGCUCGCUGGGCUCGGGAUCCGGAGAGGGAUCGAUCUGGGCCUGGAGAAGUGCAGGGACCGGUUGGUGCGGAUUGGGGCACCCGAGCCGCUGAGUGGGCUCGUGCUCAGCGACCGGAAUAGGGCAGCGCUGGCUUAUUUUCUCAGCAAAUUUGCUGCACCCAUGGUUAUGAUUUUAUGAGGCGCCUACGUGCGUCGUGGUAAAUUGUGGUGUUUGUUUGCUUUGUUUUAGUCUUUGAGGAUCUG